UUGAUGCUGAACUCGACUGGCUAACAGCGGCUGACAUCCACGGACACAGUUAUAGCCAGGUUUCAAUGCUUUCCUGCUUGUCCUCCCAGAUUCGCUGUCUCCCCACCGCUUCCUCCACCGCUACCUACCAUCGUCCCUCCUUCGCUCUUCACUCGACAUGACUCUGCCGACGCCCGUGAUCUCGAUUCGCAUCUACUACCGUCCCGGGGGAAGCAAAGCCGUCUACAUGCAGAGCAGGGCGAAAGAUAUGUGUCAAUACUACUACAGGUUUCUCAAGCAAGACUUGCGGUUCCUUGGGUUCCCCGACCCCCAGGAGACCGCGCUUUCGAGCUCGCUGCAGGGCAAGGUCGAGUGUGGGUGGUAUGCAGACCCUGAAGACGAAGACAAGGAUGCAAUCGUCGAGACGAUCCGGGAGCAAGUUGAAUUCCUGCACAGGCCGGACGCUGCUCAAAUGUUGGAGCUUCUAGAGAUAGCAGUAAUUGGACUUGUGCCAUCGAGGCCCUCGGCGGUGCAGCCACCCGUGACCAAAGCUACCGAACCAACUCCCCAAUCCACGACGCCCGCCCAGAAUACCCCACUGGCUGUCCAUCGCGACAACGCAGUCCAAGUCAAGGUAGAACCACAAGAAGACUCGCGCGCCGCAGUCGCAUCCUAUCCGCCACAAGGUCCUAUAGUCGCGCAAACCGACGUCACCGAACGGAAACUGCGUGAGCUCCAGGAACUGCUCAGGCAACACGAAGCUUGCGAAACGAAGCACAAGAGAGAGAACGCCGACCUACGGGACAGGUAUUGCCGAUUGUAUGAUGAAGAGCGUCGAGUUACCGAAGGAAAUCGACGCUUUCGCGCCGCGAUCGCGCAAGACCGUUCCAUCGGGAUGGCGGGCUAUCGUCCUGAUGUCAGUCAGUCAGCGAGAUGGUAGGGAACGGCCCACGCAUCAUACUGGACGUGACUCUGCCUGCGUGCGCUGCCAGUACCUGAGCAUGUAAACAUGGCAAUGUGAUCUGCUGUUGCCUGACGGUUAGGACUGCUCUGACUUUGCGGCGCUCGAGGUUUGAGCAAGGUACUUGUCCCAAAGAUCACUCCGCCUCGAGCCGGACGGAUGGCAAUUUGACCAAACAAUAGCGCGGUGUCACAGACGUCAAAUAUGUGUCCUCAGGCUAGGCAAAAAUUUCAUAGCGGUAACGGCGGGAAGGCGCGCGUCGAAUGAGGAUACGUUGAUGCAGCUACCAACCGCGUUACCGGACUCUUGAUUUUGCGUGCGGCGAUUCCAGUGCUAUGCACCUUCCAAGUCGCAUGUCA